CGGCCGUGGCCGAUGUGUUUGAAGACCACAUCCUGUCGACGCAGUUUGUGGACUGGAUCAACCUCAUCGAGAACGAGCACAAGUCGCGGCGCAACGAGCUCGCCAACCUCGCCAACAGCGCCGCCUUGGUCGACCUGCCCAUCCCGUGCGCGACCGACGACGAGGCAGGGCUGGCCACAUUCCUGCCGCCCACCGCACUGAACAACCUGACGGGCAUCACGCCCUUCUCGCUUAAGGACUGGUCGUUUGGCCAGCGCCACCUGCUGAACCACUUCCUGCAGUCCGUGGCCCGGGCUCUGGUCGUCGUCCAGGACGAGGAGAACCCCUUCCUCCGAUAUGUGGUGCCCAUGGUCAUCGAGAACGCCAUGGUCCGCCAUGCCCUGCUCGCCCUGUCCGCGUGCCAUCUUGCCCGGGUCUAUCCCGUGUUCAAACAGGACCUCCUGCUUCAUCGAAGCCUGGCCCUGCAGGCCUUACGGAGCGACCUCGUGUAUCCCGAUUCCCCCGAAGGAGGGCUAGUCACGACUCUACUUUUGUGUUUGACCGAGAUGUGCGAGGGCAACUCCAGGACCUGGGCUCUGCACCUGUUCGGCGCCAAGGCCCUGCUUGACCACCUCGACUCGGACUCGCUGGGCGAGCAGCCUCUGCAGGCCAUGCUCGAGCUGUACAACUACCUGUGCUGCGUGACGAGCGCGACGUCUGACGACGUGCCCGCGAUGCUGCUGCUCGAGAGCGGCGGCCUGUCCAGUGACACCAGCAUCCACCCUUUAUUCGGGGCCGCGGCGGGGCUCUACGGCAUCCUGCCGUCCAUCAGCCAGCUCGGCAAAGACGUCGGCCUGGGCCUGAGCCCGCCCGAGGACCUGCAGAUGCGCGCCCAGGACGUGGAGCUCACGAUCCAGAGCUGGACCCCGCCGGAGGAAGAAGAAGACGCCGCCGGCCGCGGCCGCAGCAGCAGCAGCAGGUACCUGGCCGAGAUACGCGCCGCGGCGUUUGCCACGCAGUGGGCGCUGAUCCUGCGGCUGAGCCAGAUCACGAGGAAGCUGCCCAACGGCGACCCGCAGAUCACCAAGGCGGCCAACAACAUCCUCUCGGCGAUUUCGCUCAUCCGCCCCGGGUCCGAGGUCGAGGCGCACCUCCUGUUCCCCUUGUUCAUGGCCGGCGUCGGCAGCGUGACCAAGCCGAACCGCCUGACGGUCGAGUACCGGCUCAAGAUCAUGGAGACGACGGUCGGGUUUGGCAAUGUCUCCGCCGCGCACAACCUGCUGGACGAGCUUUGGCGACGGUCUAACGAGGGCGAGGCGGCGGACUGGGAGGACCUGAAGGAUUCCGAUUGGCCUGGUCUAGUCCUGCUCUGAGCUUUUUUUGCCACUUCAUAAUAGCGAAAGAUCUGCUUGUAUUGCGAGCCUGGCAGGUCCAUUGAGCCAAUAGUUGGAAGCCUGCUAUGGGAAGUCCAUCGGGAUUCAAUCGUUUUGAGCUGGGUGGCACGAUUCCUGGGCCGAUCUGGGGUUUGCUGGGCUAGCGGCUUCGGGCACGCUGUGUAACAAUGUACCUAAAGUAGACACUGUCUGUACGUUAGUAUGUGUGUGGGUGUGUGUGUGGGGACCGCCUUCGCGACGGGAUAUACGGGGCGGAGAGGAUAAGUAUCCGGCGCUGGCCGAGGCCCACGCUGGAGAAGGACGAUUGUCCAAGUUGAACGACAUCAACAACUACAAUUAAACUACUCCAAUUCAAACCAAAGUACAACACAG